ACGAGUUGGAUGGUUCGGAAGCUAUUUUCGCGGUUGACGGCAAGACGUUUCCGAAGAUCCUUCCCACACGGAGAUCCGCCGUUUCAUUUUUCCCCACCACCCAUGCACUGCUGCAUGCAUAGAAGUGAUUAGUACCAUACAUGUAGAGGAUGAGCUCUGAUGGUCGGUCUCGUCGCAAACGCCGACAUGAAUCCUCUUGCAACAAUAAUAAAAGCACCUAUGAUCUCUUUGUUCCUCUUCCCAAAGAGGCGGCAGCCGUACAAAUUCCUCAAUUCCUACAACGGUUGACCAACACGGGGUAUACCCACGUGGCGCUCACCCACACAGUCUAUGGAGUUCCCCGCAAAGACGUCGAUGAAGCCGACACGGCCAUUCCCAAAGAACUAUUUCGUCAGUCCAGCGCCAACAAAACCAUCCAAGUACUAAGACGACUCCACGCCGUUCUGGAAAAUCUAUCGGAUGUGGCACACUACGUCCAACAACACGCAAAUAAUGAUAAUGACAAUAGUAGUCUAUUGCAAGGAUACGAUUUGAUAUCCGUGGCGCCUCGCAACGAUGCCAUUUUUCAAUCCGCCUGCAAAAAUGCCACGGCGGCCGAUAUCAUUGUCCUCGACUAUUACUCGUCCUCCACGCAAUUGCCCUUUCGGAUACGACCCACCGAUAUUCGAGCCGCACUCGCACGGAACGCCGUCUUGGAACUCCCUUAUGCUCCUGCCAUUCUCAACCCCAAACGCCGCAAAGGACUUGUGCAUGCGUCUCGAUUGCUACAAUUUGCUACUUCGUCCAACAAAAGUAAUCAUUUAUUGGUCAGUUCGGGUCCUCGACUCGGCGGCAGUAAUCAGGAGGAUGUCGGGGUCAUGGCCUUUCGGACCCCCGGCGAUCUCGAAAAUGUCUUGCAAGUCGUCCUGAAACUCGACGAUCCACAUGCCACAAUACAUUCCACGGGUGCCUUUGUUCUACAACAGGCACACGCACGACGAUGGGGGAAACAAUCCAUUACCGUGACGGACAUGGUCAUCCAACAAGAGACUGAUGAUCUCCAGGAAACCACCACAAAGGAUGAUUGCUCGAAAGACGACGAAGGAAAACACGACAAGAAACCUCCUGCCAAAACGACGAAAAAGGACGACAAGAGGCAGCGAAAAGAGACUGAUAACGAAAGUGAUGAUGAUGGUGCCCAGGAGGAGGAGAAGGAAAUUGACGGGGAUGGAUUCAUUGCAUUCUGAUAAUGCACGGUUUGAAAGAAGCCAACGUGGAAUGUACACCUGCGAGCUAUUCUUCAAUCGUCACUCUGGGAGAGACAGCCAAAAGAGAAUGACACUGAAAGUGAUGAGGACAAAGAUAAUACAGGGAUGGAUUCGUUGCAUUCUGAUGAUGGAUGGAAUGAAGAAGCCAACGGGUACCAUGCCAGAGAUGCUUGCACAGUAUACACCUGCAAGCAACCCUCUUCAAUCAUCAGUCCGGGAAAAUGGAUGGUAAAGAUGCUACAGUUGUUUACUAGCUAGCCAGCAUCUAUGAAUUUAGUUUAUGUACAUCAUGAGGUGAUCCUCACAGGGCAGU